CGCAAUCGCAAUCGCGUGGGGAAACGCUCCAAGUCCCCAAAAACCGAAAUCCAAGAGGAAAGCCGAGGAAAUGGCCCAGUUCGAGAAGGAAAUCGUGCAGGCGGUGCUGAUAGCCGACAACAAUGUGUGGAACUUCAAGCCGCUCUCCGACGAGGGCUCCACGGCUCUGCUGCCGCUGGUGAACGUGAGGAUGCUGGACUACGCACUCAUCGCCCUCAACCGCAGCGGCGUGGAGGAGGUGUUCGUGUACGCCAGCCUCUACCUGCAGGACAUCCGGGAUCACAUCAAGGCUGGCAUUGCCACGUACGCCUCCUGGUCCUUCAAGAUGACCGUCCACGUGAUCGGCGGCGAGGGCUGCCGCUGCUUCGGCGACGCCAUGCGCGACCUGGACGCCAAGGCGCUGAUCCGCGGCCACUUCAUCCUGCUGGGCGCCGACACGGUGACCAACGCCGACCUGCGCCCGGUGCUGGAGCAGCACAAGCGGCAGGCCAAGUUCGACAAGGGCACGGCCGCCACGCUGGUGUUCAAGGAGUGCGCCAGCCACGGGCGCACCGGCAACGAGCUGCUGAUCGCCGUGGACCGCCGCAACGACCGGCUGCACUACCACCAGCGGCUGCGGACGCACCAGAAGGAGCCGCGCUACCAGAUCCCGCUCGACGUCUUCCUGGGCAACGCGUGCGUGGCGCUGCACCACAAGCUGCUCGAUCCGCAGAUCGCCAUCGGCUCGCCGUCCAUGCUCUCCCUGUUCAGCGACAACUUCGACUUCCAGACGCGCGACGACUUCGUGCGCGGCCUGCUGAUCAACGAGGAGCUGCUGGACAGCCGCAUCUACGUGGCCCUGCUGCCGGCGGCCCAGUACGCGCACAAGGUGAACAGCUGGCCGGCCUACCAGCUGGUCAGCCGGGACAUCAUUAACCGCUGGGCCUACCCGCUCGUGCCGGACAUGGGCGUCUACAAGCUGCAGCAGCAGUACGUCUUCCACCGGGACAACAUCUACAAGAGCCCCGGGGCGCAGGUCUCGAAGGUGGCGCUGCACCAGAACGUGGUCAUCCAGGCCGGGAGUCGCGUGGACACGGGCUCGCUGAUCGGCGACAGCGUGAUCGGCGCCAACUGCCGGAUUGGCCGGAACUGCCGGCUGACCAACGUCUUCCUCAUGGCCGACGUCGUCGUGGGGGACAACUGCCGGCUGGAGCACUGCGUGGUGGGUGCGGGCGCCACCGUCAACGAGAACUGCGACGUGAGCGCCGGCUGCGUGCUGGGGGCCGGGAGCGAGCUGCCGGCCGGCACCACGCUGGCCAGGACCCUCGUCACCAGCACGCCCAGCACGCAGCGCGGCGAGGAGGAGGCGGUGGCCGUCGAGUUGGAGUCCCUCGGUCCGCGCGCCUUCAUCGUGAGCGAUCUCACCACCGGCGACCCCGAGGACUCCGAGGGCGAGGACUUGCUGCCGCAGCAGCCGCUGAGCAUACCCAAGAUGGGCGACCUCCCGGCGCCGCUGGACGAGAUCAGCGACUGCAGCGAUCUCAGCGAGGACGACGAGGAUGCCUCGCGGGCGGUGACCCCGCUGCCCGACGACACAAACAUUUUCCUGGGCGAGGUGAUCGACUCCCUGACGCGAGGCUUCCGCGAAAAGUCCAAUCCCGACUUCCUCAUCCUGGAGAUCAACUCGUCGCGCUACGCCUACAACAUGUCCCUCAAGGAGGUCAACUUCAAUGUGGUGAAGGCCGUGUUCGGCAUGCAGAGCAUCGUGGAGCCGGCGAACAACAACGUGCUGGUGGCCAUAAAUGCCGCCUUCAAGCAGCUGGGACCCGUGGUCUCCAACUACAUUAAGAGCGAGGAGGCCAUGCUGGAUUGCCUCAAGGCGCUGGAGGAUGUGUACGAGGAGAAUCCGCUGGUGCGGGAGAAGAUCUCGCAGAUCGUCCACUACCUGUACGACAAGGACUUUGUGUCCGAGGACGCCAUCCAGGGCUGGUUCGAGCAGCUGGACGAGGAGGAGCACGGACAUCUGCGCCAGAGCCUGGCGAAGCUCGUGGCCUGGCUGGAUCAGUCCAGCGAGGAGGACGACGACGAUGAGGAGGAAGAGGACUAAGUCUUGGCCGCUAUUUUGUACUGUUUUUCUAAGCCUUUCCUCUGUAAUCUUUAUUGAACCAUGCUAUGGUUCAUCCAAAUAAAAGUAAGGAAAAUCAAAGAAAA